AUGAACUUCUACAAAUCUAUAGGUGUUGUCAUCAACAACGGGAAAGUUGAUGGCCGGUUUGGAGGUCCUCCCAACUUUGACCUUCCUACUUUGGUUAAGACGAAGAGUGUCAAUUAUAGUUCUGGAGGUUUGGUUAAUCAAAAACAUUAUAGGUUGUUUGGUGAAGAUGAAACUGGUGUUUUGAAGUCUAGGAGCAAGAUAUUCUCAGAAGUAGGAAAUGAAAACAACGUGCAAGACAUCCUACCUAACAUGUUGAUAAAGUCUCAAGUGCAUAAGGAGAGUGAUCAUGUUCAUGAAGAUGAUGUGACUAAUACAACUAUAACUAAUGAUGAUGUAGUUUCUAAUCAUGAUAACACUCUGGGAUAUGUGAAGACUUUAAGGAAAGGUGUGAUGAUUAAUAAUGAAAACAUUCUUCUAGAUUUUAUUACUAAUAGCAAGAGGUUGAGAUUGAUUUCAAAGAACACACAAUCUAUGGAUGAUAUGCCUCCUUAG